CGCCACGUCAGGGUGGAGGAGCUCCGUCCAGGCAGGGGCAGUACUCGACCGGCCCGGUUUUUUUGUGCUGUGCAUGUUCACGGCCGGUCCCACCUCAUCAACGAUCCCGAUCCUGCACGCGCAUGCCAGGUCGGUUCGUUUCUUACGAAUCGCCUCUUUAGCAAGCAUUCAUGAAGUUUCCCUCUUUCUCCAUUCCGGCAUUUCUCCGUUUAGGCGUUUCUACAAACAUUUGCAGUGCUGCGACAUCUGAGGACGUAUCCGUGACAUUUGAAGAAUGGGGGCAGGGAGGAAAACACAGACAUUGAUCUUAAAUGAAAGACCUCCAUCUUCUUCAACAACCGUGAACGCCAGUGUGUCAGCCAGGCAUCUGAGAAAAAAUGAUCUCGGUGGUGUUAUCUUUGGUUGUAAGAACAACACAAUGAUGGAAUGCCUCUCUAAGCAGCUCUUUGGAUUGCCAGCACCACAUUUUGCGUAUGUGAGGAAUAUCAAUCCUGGUUUGCCGUUGUUCUUAUUUAACUAUAGUGAUAGAAAACUACAUGGCAUCUUCGAGUCUGCAAGCACAGGGCAGAUGAAUAUUGACCCAUAUGGAUGGACAGAAGAUGGUUCAGAAAGAACGCCAUAUCCUGCACAGGUUCGCAUCUGUAUCCGCACACAAUGCCAGCCAUUAUUGGAAAAGCAGUUUCGUCCUAAAAUAAGUGACAAUUUUUUCACUGCGAGCCAUUUUUGGUUCGAAUUGGACCAUUCUCAGGUGGAGAGUUUGAUCAAGCUGUUCACACCUGCACCGUUUAGUGGAAAUGCUGUUUCUUCACCAAUUACAUCCAAGAGAAACAGUCUCUUGAAUGUGUUGCCUGCUGGUAAAUGGCAGCCAAUUGGAGGCAUGAAUAGUACUUGCUUUCCUAGUGAGAGGAUGAACAGUGACACUAGUGGUUCAAAAAAGGAUUUGAGGCCACUUGCUGGUUUGGCGCAAGCAAAUAGAUAUGAAACACUGCCUUGGGAUGAUGCGGGAAAUAAUGAAUGUGGAAGCUCAAGUAAAACUUCAUCCAGCACUCAUGAAGAUGGGGAGUUUAAACCCAUAUCAGAAUGGGAUUUGCAUGAUCCGGAACAAGUCAAUAUGGAUUUUGUCUCAUCAAGUGCUAAUCCUAGUCUGAAUGGAGAAAGCCAAACAUUUGAUGAGGCAGGGGAAAAAGAUGUGGAUAUAGUGUUGUCUAAGCUGAAACAGUUGAUGGCUGAUCGUGAACGUUUGAAUGAGGAUUGCUCAGAUGAUAUUGCUGGCCCUAGUGUGAUAAGAGGCAUUCAUCAGGAUGAUGAACGGUUUCCAGGGCUGCCGUCUGAUUCAGAAGAGUAUGAAAAGAUCUUGUCAAUCUCAUCUGAUCCUUAUCCUGACAUAGCUCAGUUGAGGAAAGGGAUGGACGAGCUAAAGAAUAUUGCACUGCAACAGCUUCAACGGACCAGAGCAUUGGAGACUAAGCUGGUUGAAUCAGACAUGGAAAUUCAGCAGUUGAAGGAACGUGUCAAGGAAUUGGAAUCAUUAGCACUUGUUAAUGAAUCACUAAAUGUGUCAAUCAAUAUGCUCAAUUUGGAUCAUGAGGGUCCAAUAUAUUUAUUAGGAGGAUAUGAUGGCAUUUCGUGGUUGUCAGCGUUGGAUUCGUAUUCUCCUUCCAAGGACAUUAUGACAUCUCUUAGGCCAAUGAGUUCCGCUCGUUCGUAUGCAUCUGCAGCAACAUUGAAUGGCAACCUUUAUAUUUUUGGUGGAGGAGAUGGACGGUCAUGGUAUGACACAGUGGAAAGUUACUGUCCAAGUAAAAAUAUGUGGACGCUAUGUCCUCCCUUGGUUCGUAGAAAGGGAUGUUUAGCAGGAGCUACUCUACAUAGCAAAAUUUUUGCAAUCGGUGGUGGAGAUGGUGUUGAGUCUUUCUCCGAUGUAGAAAUGCUUGACCCAGCUCUUGGAAGAUGGAUCUACAAUCCAUCAAUGCUUCAAAAGCGAUUUGCUACUGCUGCAGCGGAACUUAAUGGUGUGCUCUAUGCUGUUGGUGGAUAUGACGGGAAUGAUUACCUCAAAUCAGCUGAAAGAUUUGACCCUCGAGAAGCUUCUUGGGCCAGGCUUCCGAGUAUGGAAACUAGAAGGGGGUGCCACUCUUUGGCCAUUAUAAACGAGAAAUUAUAUGCAGUAGGUGGUUAUGAUGGAGCCAAAAUGGUUUCUAGUACCGAAGUGUUUGAACCUCGUACCAGUUCAUGGAUGAUGGGUGACCCCUUAAACCAUCCAAGGGGAUAUGCUGCUACAGCAGUUCUUGAAGACUCUAUAUAUCUCAUUGGAGGGAUGAAAGAUGGUGCAAGUUGUGUAGAUACUGUUGAGUGUUACAAGGCAGGAUCCUGUUGGCGGGCUGCCAAUUCAAGAGCCAUUGGGAAAAGGUGUUUCUUGUCUGUGAUUGUUUUAUAGUUGGAGGUGGGUAGUGUAUGUUUUGGAUUUUUAAUUUGUAGAUGAUAUGUUGACUUUGCUGUGUAGGGCAAGAAUACUUGGGGAAAAAAGAAUGCCAUCUCUCUCUCUC